AUGGACCCCUCCGCGGGUCGCGACCGCGCGCAAGAGAGUACGGCGGACAGCGCGGGGCCCCGUCCUCAGCCGCCUGCCGCACCUCGUUUCCGCAUCCCUGCGCAUCCGUCGGCGUCAGAGCCCGUCCGGCGCCUGGAGCGCGGAUUGUCUCUUCCGCAUCAGGGCGGAGCGCGCCCAACCUCCCCUGAGUAUUCGUGGGCGCCGGCGCGAGUUGCGUCGAAUCAACAGGCUGGCCCGCCGCCUGACGAGCGUGGGCGGGCACCUCUGCGCCAGCCCCCGCAGCCGCAGUCCCCACGGCGUCGCUCUCCCGGUCCGCGCGAGGCUCGCCGCCGCGGUGCGGAUGGAGAGCGCUCUCCUGCGAGCCCUCGUUCUCCUCAACGCCGUUCUCCCCCAGGUCGGCCAGGCCGGCACUCACCGCGAGCACGAUCCCCCGCGCAGCGCUCUCCGCGUCGAUCUCCGGCGAGGCGGGGAAGGGGGUCGCCAGGGCGUCACUGGGAUUCGGGCCGCCGUGAACAGUCUCCCCCGCGUCCGCAAUCGGCUGGAUCUGGAGGCCGACGGGGCCGGUGGAACGGCGGUGGUCGUGGCGGGAACAGGCGCGGGCAGGAUCCUGCCCUCGAUAGGGCCACAAAUGUGUUUGCAGAAAUGGUGCGGCAGGCGCGGGCGACUGGGGAGGGGGCACACGUGCACAUUGCGGUGACCAACGGCCCUCCCCCCGACUCGGGCUCUGGCCUGGCCGCCCCUCUGCGCGUGCCGAUGCUGCGCGACUACCUGCCCGCGCGGGAGGCGAGGGCUCAGUAUCGCUUCCCUCGUCCGGUCCCGCGAUUCUCUUCGCCGCACUUCUCUGUUGCUCGGACUCCUGGCUGGCCGGAGUCGAUUCCGCGCGCAGCUCCGACUGCACCUCCCCCCACUCGCUUGGGGAGAGACCCCAUGCCGAACAUGUGCCGGAUUCUGAAUCUGGCGGAGGCGUGCGAGGUGGUGGCGAAUCUGCAGCUGGCGGUGUGUGGGGCCACGCGGAGCUUUCCGAGCAGUUACGGUCCAGGAUCCCGAGGAUCCUGCGUGUCCUUGGUAGAAUCUCUCGAGUCGCCGUUGGCACCCGUGUCGGAAGCGCCCGCCGGGGUAGCGCCCUUAGCCCGUACUUUCCCCCGCCACGUGGGGGAGCUUGUGGAGGCCGCUCGAGUCGGGACCCCGGUGGACACAGUUCAGUCGUCGGCGCAUCUCCUGCUUUCGAUGUCGGCGUGCAUGCGGUCCAUGCUGGAGGCUGAGGGGGCGGAGCCGUACACGAUGUAG